CCCCUCCAGCUGACGGCAGUGGACUAACUCUGAAUGGUACGCAGAAUGGACCUUCAAAGGGAGGGAGUCCAGCAUAUGGAACAUCUUCCUCUGGUAUGUUACCACACAUGUAAUUUAAAGUCACCCAGUCGUCCGUCACAGAUUCUUCUCAGAAGGGUUCCAAGCUGAGCGGUGCUGAGGGAACUACCACAGCACCGACCGAGCAGGUCAACAACCUACCCAAUGGCACCCUGCACACGCUGCUCAGUGGAGGCUCCAUCAACGUUCCAUUGAACGGCACUCCCUUCCAGCUUCCGGUGAACAGGGACUCUAUUUACACCCAGUUGAAUGGGGGUACAGUUCACACCCCACCCAAUGGCAGCACCACCACCAAUGCUACGUUCAACAAUGUUACAGCGCCAGUUGUCGGUGGGAACGGGGUUUUUAAUUUGAACCUGAGCAACGGUAUUGGUCUCUUGAAUGGCAUACCCGUUCAGUUUGGCAUCAAAACGCCUGGAAAUGUGGGUGGGAACAGACUCGGAAAUGGGGUCAUUCAACUAGGUAAUGGAAUUGGAACAUACGCCACCGGUGCUGGCAGCAUCAGGGGUGUAGGCAAUGGCUUUGUGGGUGGUGGUGGUGGUGGUGGUGGUGGAGGUGGUAUGGGCAAUGGUGUAGUUCUCACAGUUCCCCCUAGCAAUGUCCAACUGAUGCCCGUGCCCAAGCUGGCUUAUUCUGUAGGGGCUGUUUCAGCUGUGGCGUCUGUCCAAAACAUUCCGUCGCUGCAGGUAGCCCAGGGGCCCAUUACGUUUGCUGUGCGCAAUAGUGCCCUUUCCACUCCUGUGCUGUCCAAACCAAUCCUCUCCAAUCCUACACUCACCAUCUCUCCUCUCACCAAUCCUACCCUCGCCCAACCUGCUCAGACGAAACCAAACCUGGCCAACCCUACCAUUACCAAGCUCGGUGGUGGAGUCAUCCCGGAGAAGGUUGCAGAUUUCAUCCGUCGGAACUUCAUCAACAUCAAACCUAAACAGUCUGGAGCUCAAAUGAUUCCCAUCAAGGUUGAAGCUCUGCCAACAUUGCUUAAAGUCAAUACUUCAUCAACCGUCGCAACUGAUCCAAAGGUGGAUGAUCUGAUCAAGGUUUGUAAACUGACAUCACCAAAUGGACAGUCAAGCAUCGGUGCCAAGACAGAGGGCACGGAGGAAGAGUUUGUUUUGACAAGAGUUUUGCAGUCUAUGGCCAUCAUCAAACAGCUGCAGACCAGCAAGUUCUUACCAGAAGAGCUCUGCAAGAAGAUCGCCCCGCUUUGUGAGAAGAUCGUUCUGUCCUCGACGACCAUGGAGGACAAGGAAGAUCUGUCAAGGGAGGUGGAUGCCAUCCUAAAGGCAGAGGCAAAGGAUGCUUUGAAGCUCUUCAACGAAACAACAGACCUGAAUGACAACAACAAUGCACAAUCAGAUGCUGCAGAGGGAGAGAGUGGGGACGCCAAAGCUAUAGACCAAUUCUUACACAGCCUGGCAAAGCGCAUCAAGUACAUACAAUCGCGGCUGACCUCUCGUAGCAUUGACCCCAUCAGCAUGGCUGAGAUUGUUCCUCUGUGCCAAGACAUCUGUGAUCCGCAGCUCACCCUCACCAGGAAAGUGAGCUGCAUCAGGGAGAUCGAAGACAAGAUCAAGACGUACGAGACGGGGGCCUGUUCUCGAAGCCAAGCAGCAACGCCUGUGGACAUCGCUGCCAUGCCGCAGGAGAUUGAGGUAGAUGAGGAUGCAUGUAUGUACUUCAAGCUUCAGCUGGAGGACGGAAGCAGUGUCAUGGUCAACAUAAAUGACCUCGAGGAUUCGUACCAAUCCAUCUCCGACCUUGGCCGAUUAACCAUCAGGGUCAAACGCAUGAACGACAAAGAUAUCAAGAAUGAGAAGAGGAAGUUUAAACGAAGGAAGGUUUUAUCUGAUGAAAAGGGAACAGGAAAGGAAAAGGCAACCCCAAAGCCAUCCACAGAGGCAAUACCAAAGGCAAUCACAGUGGCAACCACAGAGGCAACCCCAAAGGCAAUCACAGUGGUAACCACAGUGGCAACCCCAAAGGAAAACCCACAGGCAACCCCAAAGGCAGCCCCACAAUCAACCCUAAAGGCAACCACACAGGCAACCACAGUGGCAACCUCAAAGGCAACCCCAGUGGCAACCACAAAGGCAACCACAAAGGCAAUCCCAAAGGCAACCACACGGACAACCCUAAAGGCAACCACAAGGGCAACCCCACAGGCAACCCCAAAGGCAACCCCAAAGGCAACCCCAAAGGCAACCACACAGGCAAUCCUAAAGGCAACCACAAGGGCAACCCCACAGGCAACCCCACAGGCAACCCCAAAGGCAACCCCAAAGGCAACCCCACAGGCAACCACACAGACAACCCUAAAGGCAACCCCAAAGGCAACCCCAAAGGCAACCACACAGGCAACCCUAAAGGCAACCCCAAAGGCAAACACACAGGCAACCCUAAAGGCAACCACACGGACAACCCAAAAGGCAACCCCACAGGCAACCCCACAGGCAACCACACAGGCAACCCUAAAGGCAACCCCAAAGGCAAACACACAGGCCACCCUAAAGGCAACCCCAAAGGCAAACACACAGGCCACCCUAAAGGCAACCCCAAAGGCAACCCCAAAGGAAGCCCCAAAGACUACCCCAAAAGCUACCACACAGGCAACCUCACAGGCAACCCCAGAGGCCACCCUAAAGGCAACCACACAGACAACCACAAAAGCAACCACACAGACACUCCUUAUCACAACCACAAAGGCAACCACAAAGGCCACCCCACAGGCAACCCCAAAGGCAGCCACAAAUGCAGCCCCAAAGGCAACCACAAAUGCAACCACAAAGAAAACCGCACAGGCGACCACAAAGGCAACCACUAAGGCAACCACAAAGGCACUCCUUAUCACAACCCCAACAAAGGCAACCACAAAGGUAACCACAAAGGCAACCACAAAGGCACUCCUUAUCGCAAGACCAAAAGCAACCCCAUCCGUUACCAAUAAGAGGAAAUCUCCCAGGGAUGCAAACAAUGGUAAGAAAAAGAAGUAACUAUUCAAUGAUAGUUGUAUUCUGCAGUCAGCCUGACAAGACUGAUAGCAGAAUGCCAGCAGACUGAACAGAAAAUUACAUUACAAUGAAGUAGCCCAGUAUCUAUCGAAAAGCAGUUGGUUUGGGUCAGUUUGGGGGUGUGACUUGGCUAUUACCCUUCAUAGCUUCAUCGAUUUUCAUUUAUGACCCGAUUAUUAAAUAUCCAAGAUUGCAGUUGCUGAAUUUGAUGUUUUGAGGAGUACCUCUUGCACUGUCCAUGCAUUCAAAGAGGAAUCUAUUACAGUCAACCUGCUUUAGUGACCACCUGUCUACAAAGACCACCUGUCUACAAAGGCCACAUUUGUUGUUUCCCUUGAAAAUGGUUUCUCAUUGAAUCAUGUACUAAAGGAACCUGUCUACAAAGACCACCUGUCUACAAAGGCCACUCUUUGUGUUUCCCUUGGGCGGUUGCUUUAGACAGGUUUGACUGUAUUUUAAUACAUGAACCGAACUACGGUGAAGCAAUAGUCAUGUUUUAAAUGUUCAGGUGGAAUUUUUGUGAUCAGAGAUUCUUAUAACAGUUUCAACUGACUUACAUGUAGGUUUUGCAUUUUUUAACGAAUAAUGUGUUUCAAAGAUAAGGGGAAAAUAGAGAACUUUAUGAAUAAUGCAACUGCACACAGGGAAUCCCAUACACACGCUCAACUUGUAUAAUCUAUGUAGAUAAAGUAUAGUUGAACAUGUGUAUAGAAAGACCAUUAAAGGUAGACACAACGUUAGGUUUUUAUAGGCAGAUGGGUCUUUAUACGAAGGUUUCCUGUAACACAUGUUUUUCAUGAGAAGCAUCGCAUCGAGGGAAACUGAAAAUAUGGUCUUUGUAGACAGGUGAUGACUAAGAUGAGAUUGAUUGUAUUUACAAAUGGACCUCAAUUAUCUGUAUACAGUGUGAUUUGAUGAUAACUGCUCACAUGUAUUGUCCCCAGCUCGAGUUAUCCUGAGCUUAAUUUACGAUUGAACUAAGUUACUCCACCUAAAGGGAAGUUUGUUCUGGAUCUGUGUAAUCAAUUAACAAGUGAUAGAUGUGAUGUCUUGGGAGUACCGGUAUUUGUUUUUGAAGAUUGGAUAACUAGAGGGAUUUUGUUUUAAAAAGUUGGUUUUGGAAAUGGAAUUAAAAUUUGUUGAAGCAAAGUAAAGGAAAGAAUGUUUUAUUGAUCUAGUUGUAACUCUCUGAUAAUCAUUUCAUGGGAAAUUUAGACAAUUGAUGCACAAUCAGCAUUACUCCAUGGAUAUGUAAGCCUGAAGCUGUCUCAUUUGGAGCUUUAUACUGGCUAGCAUUAGUUAUCUUGGGCAAGCAACUGAUUAUUCUUCAAAAGAAUGGCCCGAUUGGUGUGAGCUUACAGAAGAUACAUGGUAGCGACUAGCGAUGGGAGGAGUUAGUGAUAAGUCAGAGCUUGGGACUCAUCGAUUGAGCCUUUUAGAGUGUUCAUGCAUGAGCACUAUGUGAGGUCUUGGCUUAGAUGGUGGGUGCCUGUUCUUGGCGAUCCCUGGAAAGGUUUUUACACUAGUGAAAAGCGGAAAGAUGUGUCAUCUCUCAAGAAAGAUGUGUCAUCUCUCAAGAAAGAUGAUGCAAGACUAACAGACAUUUACAAGUUUCUGUGUUAGAAUUUGAGAGUUGUUUAAUAUACAAAGUUUGCAUGAGAUACCUGAAGAGUUAAACGAUAUACUGUUUAGGAAAGAGUGAAAUGUUUUGAGAUGUUACGGUAACCAACUAAUUAUACCUCUGAUUUAUAUGGAACUAUUUGAAUGUAGUCGAUGUAGUGGAUGAACGAAGUAUCAUUGGCAUUUAUUAUCCUAUAACCAAGUGUAAGUUAUUGAUGUACAAAGUAUUUGUUUGAUAAUUAUUGGACAACUUUUUUCUUUUUUUUAGAGCCGAGUGCUCAAAAUGUGUUUUGAAACUGUGUAAAGUAUGUUAGUUAGAAGGACACGGAAGCACUUCAAGGAGGUGAUUUUCCAUGUAUGUUACAAGGUCAUGGAAGUGUACAUUACAGACAUUGAAAUUAACAUGUAAUUCACAUGUGUUUUGCAUCUUAAUGCUCUAGUGUACAUUACAGGCUGUGUGUAUAAGAAUUUACAUGGAAGGGUUUUUGAUAUCUGCACAUUGAUAUUUGUGUGACUAUUUCUUGGGAUUGGAAUAUCUAUACAUAUCCUUUUUUCAAUACCAGUAGAAUUUUGCUUUGUAGAUGAUGAAAUAGUAUAAUCCUUAUUGUGAUUUUUGAUGUAUAAGGAACAAUUAAGUUAUUGAAAUUUCGUAGGCAUUCUGUAUUAAACCUAACUUGCAAUCCCUUGUGCACAUAGGCUAAUGUGAAUAGCUAAUUAAGUUAUUAUCUGGCAGCCUUUUUGUAUUAUCUUUUUUUAAUUAACGUGACAAGCAUCCAUGUUCAAUUAGUGAAAUGGCCAUUUGCGUGUAGCUAAUUUUAUAAUCUUGCCCAAUUCUGCAAGUAUUUUGCUGUCUUUAAUUGUUCUUCAUCUAUCAGAGCUCCCAGCUAAACCUGUGUAAGUAAAUCAGGUGGAAAUUGGAAAAUGAGUUCCCUCUCUUUUCUUUAAGUCGGGGGAGCAGAAAAGGCAGAAAUAACUGCAUGCAAUGAAGAAUUCUUCACUAAAAAUGACAUUUGUCAACCUUCUGUAUAGAGGCGGUCAGUGGAGCAAGAUGUAGUCUCAGCAGAACAACCAUAGAUAGAGAGAGGUUUUCAGUCUAGCAAAAGAAAAGAAAAACAUUAAAAUCUGGGACAUAUCUAGAAAUCUCAUUGCCCCCCCCCCCCCCAGUAAAUACAUGUAGUUAAUCUCUUAAAUUCUAUCUCAUUAGGAGCACAUCCUCUGGGCGAUUGGCCGAUGUUUCAAAGUAGGUUGAAACGAGGAUCUUCAACUUUGAAAUUCCAUCAGACAUACGUCAGGGAAAAUCUGGGAAUUUUAUGCUUGGUCCCCUAUGUGUGUAUCAGAGAGAUGGAAAAAAUAAGGGGGAGCGGUUACCGGUAAAUUGUUCGGUGAUUGAAAUAUAUCAGCAAAAAUUGUGCUUCUAUUGUUUACAAAUAUUUUGUUCUUCCAUGAUAAACCCGCCCAAAAAAUAUUUUAACCUUAGUCUGGUGUCCUCACACAAGUUUGGAGCUACCAGAAAAUUUGCAGAUGUUCUCAGCUUUUGGAGUAAUGACCAUGAAUGCACUUAUUUAUGAAGUUAUAUGUUUUAAGGCAAUGCACAAUAUGUUGUAAGAUUGUUGUGUUUAUUAAAGCUACUCAAAUAGAUUGAGGGGGGGGGGGGGGUAACCAUGUGUACAUUACUUAGUAAUUUAGGGUUUAAAAUAGCUCAGAUGUCUUGGAAAUUAAAGUAGAUCGACAGCUCUACCCCCAGGCUGAAAUUGUUCAUCCCUUGAACCCUCAGAAAAUACAUAUAGAACAUUUUGUUGGUCUCAUGGACUGUUGGUCCUGCCUGCCGUUCGGCCUUCAUGGGUUGUCCCUCUCAUGGGCAGUAGCCAAAAGAUCAGGAUAUGACUACAGUAUACCAAAUUAUUGCUAGAGAGUAGACCUCUAAUAAAUACUCCUACCAUCGAUGAGUCCUUUAAACCAUGUAUUGUUACUGUUCAAAUGUUCUGCUUUUGUUAAGCCAUGCGAAGUUUGCAUGUGCUCUGUAUGUCCAUCUACCGGUAGUUAUUGUUCAAGUUUGUUUUUUGGGUAUUGUCUGUUUUAUAAAACAUGUUCAUGUAAA